AUGGCGCUACUGGCAAUAGAGUCGGCCGCAGAGUAUGAUGAAGUUGUUACAGGUUGGGAGUUUCACUCUCAUAAGCCUUACGCUUCGUCAACUCUGAAGAACAACGACGAAAUCAGAAUUCCGAUAAGUCAACAGGAUAUAAUUACGGCACCGUUCGAAAGCAGUAUACACAUCACUGGUAAAGUGAGUGCUAAGAAAGCUGACGGGAGUGAGUCCAGUAUCUCACUAAUAAACAAUGCCAUCGCAUUUUUAUUCGACGAUGUAAGGUACGAGAUAGGCGGUAUAGAGGUUGACAGGACGAAAAAUGUAGGUAUAACGAGUACUAUAAAAGGACUACUCUCCAUUAGGGAUGAAGAGCAAAAGUGUCUCGUAAACGCGUGCUGGCUCGGUCCCAAUACGACAAGUGAGGCCGGUGAAUUUACGUAUUCGGUGCCUCUGAAACUUUUGAUGGGUUUUGCCGAGGAUUACAAGAGAAUUGUUGCGAAUGUUAAGCAAGAGCUUGUUCUCUUGAGGUCAGCUACGGAUGUCAACGCCGUUAUAUCACCGGACGCGUCAAACCUCGACUUUCAGAUUACAUCGCUCGAGUGGCGUGUACCACAUGUUACAGUGUCAGAUAGUUACAAAUUAAAAUUAUUGCGCGUGAUUGAGAAAGACACUUUGAUUCACCUACCGUUUCGGUCCUGGGAACUUCACGAAUAUCCUUCACUACCACAAACGACUCGACAGAGCUGGACAAUAAAAACGAGUUCGCAAAUUGAAAAGCCUCGGUACGUGGUGCUGGCCUUUCAGACCGGUAGAAAGAACGACCUAAGAAAGUACGCCUCUACUUUUGACCGUUGUGCCCUUACGAAUGUUAGACCUUAG